AUGCCUCCGAAAACCGGUGGAAAAGCCGCGAAAAAAGCGGGCAAAGCUCAGAAAAACAUAUCGAAAAAUGACAAAAAGAAGAAAAGCAGGAGGAAGGAAAGUUACGCGAUCUACAUUAACAAGGUAUUGAAGCAAGUACAUCCCGACACCGGCAUUUCCAGCAAAGACAUGUCGAUCAUGAAUUCGUUCGUGAACGACAUUUUCGAGAGGAUCGCUGCGGAGGCUUCUCGUUUGGCGCAUUACAACAAGCGAUCCACGAUCACCAGCACGGAAGAAACUCGUUGCGUUUUAAAGGUGUUUUAG